GGCCAACCCCUUUACGCUGCUGAGAAGACCCAGCUCUCCAGACUAGAGCCAACCCACCAGCUAGUCUAUAGCGAGUCUAACAUCAGGAGUUCCUGUAGCGCAAAGGCUGCCACUGGUGCACACAGUGCUCUCUCUGCAUUUCUAGGGCACCUUUCCCCUGAGGAUCAGAAAGGCUUUAUAAUCAUCAUGAAUGAAGCCUGGCAAUGCUCAAGAUAGUCCCUGCCUAUGAGCAAAUGACUAUAUUCCGCUUGGGCUGGAUCCGAGCCCCCCAGGUGCCAGGCAUGGUCCUGCUGUUGCCAUUCAUAGAUCACUGGCAACUAGUAGACUUGAGGACAAGAGCCUUUAAUGUGCCACCACGUAAGCUGACCUCCAAGGAUGGAGCCGUGAUCUCCAUGGGGGCUGAUAUCCAGUUCCGAGUGUGGGAUCCAGUGCUGUCUGUCAUGAUGGUGAAAGAUCUGAAUGCAGCCAUCCGAAUGAUGGCCCAAAAUGCCAUGACCAAGACCCUGCUGAAGAAGAAUCUGAGGGAGAUCCAGACAGAGAAGCUGUGGAUUGGGGACCAGCUCCUGCUUGAAAUCAACGACAUGACCAAGUCUUGGGGCCUGGAAGUGGAUCGGGUUGAGCUGAUUUUGGAUGCAGUGCUGCAACCCUCCCAAGAGAGUCUGUCCGGACCUAUGACCAUAAUGCCCCAGAUCCCUGGGUUUGAAGGACUAGAUAGCACUAUUCAGCAGCUGGCUGCUCACCUCUUUAGCAAUAGCAUGGCGGUGGCAGCAGCAGCUAGUCCUGAGACAGAUAGCGUGGUGACAGUGAAUGAGGCAGAACCACCAGCUCCUACCAUCACCACCACGAGUAGCAGCAGCAGGAGGAAACCUAGCCCUGAGGAGCUGCUGUCAGCUGUGGAGCUGUUCCUGUCUGAGUCCUUGGUUAGCGCAGUCGGAGCUUCCUACCAGUUCAACAUCAUGCUUCUGAGUGGUGCCCAGAGCACCUACUUCAUAGAUCUCACUUCAGGCAGUGGGCGGCUUGGCCAUGGGGACCCUGAGCGCAACCCUGAUGUGAUUCUGAAGAUGAUAGAAAAUGACCUGCAAGCUUUCUUCUCAGGUGAACUUCAUCCUCUGAGUGCCUACAUGAGUGGGAGGUUCCACGUCAAGGGCGACCUAAGUGUUGCCAUGAAACUGGAGGAACUCUUCAAGGCAAUGAAACAACGUAGACAGAGAAAGAGAAUGUGUGUGUGA